CACUCGCCCGCUGUAACUUCCCAGCUCGGAUAUCUCUGUAUGGCCCCGGCUCUGCUUAUGGCUACUUACCAGCCCGGGGUGAAAGUAGAAGAAAGUCCUUCUGUGAAUAAGAUGCAAACCGGCCUGAAGGUGGCCCUGGGCGAGGACAAGCCCAAAGUGCCCGGGAUCCUGCCCUUCAGUGUGGAGGCCCUGAUGGCCGAUAGGAAGCCUGGGAGAGAAAGAGACCUGUCCAGCCCCACUGGAUCUCCGCUGGCAGGGACUUCUCACAGCCCCAGGGUGGGCUCUUUAGCGCCCGGGGAGACCCCCAACUCCCCCAUAUCCAUUGGAAACCGCUUCCCUGUGGGGGGCAUCAUGAAACUGCCGGAGGAGGCGCUGGUCAAGCCGGAGAGCCCAGAGAGGAGCUCAUGGAUCCAGAGCCCCAGGUUCUCCCCUUCCCCAACAAGAAGGAUGAGUCCCCCCGCCUGCACUUUGAGAAAGCACAAAACCAACAGAAAGCCCAGGACCCCCUUCACUACAUCCCAGCUGCUGGCCCUGGAGAGGAAAUUCAGGCAGAAGCAGUAUCUGUCCAUAGCCGAGAGGGCAGAGUUCUCCAGCUCCCUCAACCUCACAGAGACCCAAGUGAAGAUCUGGUUCCAGAACAGGAGAGCCAAAGCCAAAAGACUCCAAGAAGCAGAGUUGGAAAAGCUCAAAAUGGCUGCCAAACCCAUGCUCCCCCCUGCAUUUGGUAUCUCCUUUCCUCUUGGGACUCCAGUACCCACAGCCUCCUUGUAUGGGACCUCCAACCCUUUCCAGAGGCCGGCUCUGCCAGUGUCUCCUAUGGGACUUUACACAGCCCAUGUUGGAUACAGCAUGUAUCAUCUCUCCUAAGACUUGGUCGCACUCCAUUGGGACUAUGGGCAAGAAGACUUGAGUGAAUUUUCUGUGCACCCCUAUAUUUUUUCACUAUUUAUGAGUUCCUAGGGAAUUGAAUUGUAGAAAUACUAUGUCACUUCAAUAUGCCUAUUGUUGUCAUCUUGUUAGCUGUGUCUAAUUAGUAGUCCAUGAGUUUCAGGUGUCAACCAGCUUCCCAAGCCCUAAUUGGGCAGCCUUAGUGCUAUCCCAGAACCGAGGGAAUAUCUGUAACAUUGAAAGCAUCCACUGCUUCAGGAGUUAUCCCAGAUUGCAUGGAAAGGCUUCCCAGCAAAGGUGGUGAGCAGUGUAAAUAUAUUAUAAUAUGGUACAAGCAGGAUUGGGAGCUUAAUCGAUUUGCUGCAGAAGGGAUCAGUAGUCCCCUGACCCAAACUGGGGUAAGGAUAAAUAGCUUAAUUUGGGGUGGGACCUGCUGCUGUGUAACUUUAGGUUUGGGGAGCUUGGCACCUCCACAGAAUGACAAGAUUGAUAAAGGGAGUAAAAUAUCUCUUACAUAUAAGAGAUACAUGUAAUAUAGUAUUGAAACUUUCACUUAACAGCACUGUCUGUUUGCGUUUCGUUAUUGCAAUAAUCCCUUUGGAAGGGAUUGUAUGUAAUAUGUAAUAUAUUGUAUAUUUGAAAUUUAUUAUCAUUUAUAUUAUAGUUAUAUUUGUUAAAUAAAUUAAUUUUAAUGCA